AUGGACAACUACAAUGAGCCCAGUCGUAUCGUUGAUGGAAACUUUGACGGUAGUCUUGCUUUCGGUCUUUGUAUAUACGCCUUGAGUGAGAAAUUGAGGCCAUUGCUAGAUCUUCGUGUUUGUGUCACUGGUGGAGUGCACUUUGACUUAGUGAAACAGGUUUUUAGGGACAUUCAACAUGCUGGACAAAAGCCCGAGGAGAUAAUCCAACAAAUCUCUGAAACGUCAACAAAAACUGUGACUGUAGACCAGAUCAAGGCUGUGUUUUCAAAUGAAUACAAGGAAACUACAGAGGAAACUUAUGAUAUUUAUCUCCUACCUCGUGGUGAAGAUCCUGAAGCUUGCCAAUCAUAUCUGAGGAUGAGGAACAAGGAUGGAAAAUACACUCUUAUGUUUGAGGUGACCUAUAAGUUCCUUGUUUACAUGCUGAGCAUAUCAGUCAGUAAUAGUCGGGCUACUUGUCACCUAAUUUUAUCAUUUCCAGAUGGAUCUAGUGGUUAUAGAGCUUGCUGGAAUAUCUUUAAGAAAUCUGGCCCUGAGGUUCAAGACCUUACAACUUUGGAAUUUAUUUCCCUGCUUCCUAGUUUGGAUAAACUAUUGGAAUGGCUUACAGAUAGUCCAUUUAUUAUAUCACCAAGAAUCACCUUUGAGGUCAGUGUACGACUUCUUGGUGGGUUGAUGGCAUUAGGAUAUUCUAUUGCAACCAUUUUGAAAAGGAGCAGCCACUUCUCUGAUGGCAAGGUAGAGACGCGACAUUGA